UGUUCUCGUUGCUCUGCUUGUCAACUCUGACUAUGGCGUUUCUGGUGUAGCACUGAUGCUUCAAAUGAGUACAACAUUUUUGCUCCUCCGUCCAGCUUCUCUGUUGGUCAUUUUUGUAGACAUUGGCUUAAACCUUGUUGACUGAGAGUUUAGCAUCCCGCCAUCCCCGCUUUUUCGAGCUCAUUUAGCCCCUAGGCGAGCGGGAAAUGUGCGCGUUAGCAAUAGCAGCGGAUUCUUCACGAGUAGUUGUGGGAAAAUAUACUUGAAACACCCCUAUUUUGUCGUUUAGCAUGGCCGACAAAAGAGACAAAAACAAACCCAGACGGAGUUUGUCAUUGUCCAAGAACAAGAAGAAAUGCGGCGCUGAUGUCAACACAACUCCCAUCACGACGUUCUUCUGCAACCCGCGGCCUCCCAAAGUCUCCUGCCCUCUUUGUGGUCAAAUGGUACCCAGAUUCAGGAUCAAUGAACACAUCGAUUUGCAGUGCAAGAACUUUGAAAGAGCAGACAGCCAAGCCUCAUCAGCAGAUAACACUGUGCUGUCACCCAGCAGGAAGUCCUCAAGGGAUCCACAGUUUGAAGAAGAAACCGAGACAAGCCCUUAUUUCAAGACGAGAACCUCUUUGAAUGCGUCUCGGGAGAUUUGCAGCAGAACUGUCGUCAGAACGCUGGAUUUGGGAAGUAUCUCUUCCAGGUUGUCUAAAACAUCCCAAAGAAGAAAUGACAGAACAUCUGCAGAUGUUAGGCAUGCACGCCCUGAUCUGACUAAAGACUCUUUGCAAGAUGUUAGCAACUCUCAGAAAGAAAAUCUUGCCAGCUUGGCUUCAGAAAGCAAUGAAGACUCAAAAACAGCCAUCGAAUUGCCAGUGACUAAUGCUGAGAUGUGUACAACGACAGUAGCAGUAGCAAGUCUGUCAAAUUUGGAAAAAGACCCUAAACCAGAAAUGUGCUCCAAAGUCAAACGAAAGAAGGAGACACCUGACAUUGGUAAAGUGGCUAAUUUAAUAAAGAAACCAAAACGUGAGGGAACAAGCUCGACGGAAACAGCAUUGAUUGUUAGAGAGGAAGGGGAUAGUUUGAAAAUGAAAACUCAAGUACCCUAUUCUGUUGAUUGUGAUCCCUGUUUAAGCUUAGACAAGUCCUCUCAAAGUAGCGACCAUUUACAAGCAGUCAACGUGUUUGAGAAAAGCAACAGUGAGCAGACUGACGACACCUCACCACCACAAAAACUCCCCUACUACCUCCGCAAUUUCCAGACAGUCCUACAGGCUGUAUUGGAGAACGAGGAUGACAGAGCCCUUUUCAACCAAGAUGACAUGAUGCUGGUUCAGGCUUUCGAGAAGCUCUCAGUCAAAGGACAGAAAUUGUAUGUGAGGCUGUUUCAGCGGAAACUGAAGUGGCUUCAAGUGGAUAAAUUGGAUUAUGAAGAAAUAUCCAGUGACUUGGGGCCUGUUGCUCAGGAACUAGUGCAAACAGGCCUUUUGCAGACAGAGAAUGAUCUGUCCAAUAUCGAGGAAGUUCUCGAUCUGUUGCCAGCACCUGAGCUAAAAGCACUGGCGAAGACUUUUCAUCUGGGCAAUUCCGGGACUCAAAAACAACAGCUAGUGGAUGGGCUUCUCCGGCUGAGCAAGCAAAAGUCACUCUUCUCUUCAAGUCAGGCUCAAAACAACAUUGGUGCAGUCAUCUUAAGAAGAGCAAAGCAUUACGCAGGUUCCUGUGUGCGUUUGUGCCGCGGUCCUCGGGCUGUCUUUUCUCGCAUUCUUCUGCUAUUCUCCUUGACCGACUCUAUGGAUGACGAGGAUUUGGCAGCGGGCGGGCAAAGCCAGCUUUAUACCAUCCUGCUAGUCAACUCGGGACGCCUGGCCUUUCCAGAUUACACCGUGCAACGCACUGUGAAGGUGUUUCGGGAAAGAGAGGACCUUAUCAGAUAUGAAGCUUCCAUGCGAGUCUUGCAAGAGGUGACUUUGGCUAUGCAGGCAGGCCACUGGGAAGAAGCUCUGGAGCUUUACAGUACAGCCAAGAAUGACUGGCAGGACCUGAAGAUGAGUUGUGACCUCAGUCACCACAAGGAGCUCCCAAUAUUCCUACGCAGUUUCACUACAGGAUGGGCCUACACUCGUAUAUUGUCAAGAGGCGUGGAGAUAUUACAGCGGCUACGUCGAUAUGAAGAGGCUGUCAACGAGUUGCGAUCCUUACUGCUCCAGGAUGUUUACUGUCUUGACAGUCGAGGGCGCUGGUGGGACAGACUGGCGCUUAACCUUCAACAGCACCUCAAAAGACCUGAACAAGCUAUCUGCGCUAUCAGAGAUGGGUUGUCCGACCCCCUUGUGCGAACAGGACAUAAGCUGUCUCUCCAUCAAAGAGCUUUCAGGAUGAGAGAAUCCGCCAGCUUCAAGAAGUACCGCCUGCAGCUCAGAGAUCUGCCCACUGUCGAUGUUCAGGAUGUCAGACAUGUGACUAUCAGAGGACAGUUGUUUCCCCAUGAAGGAGGCAUGGGGAAAUCACGGUUUCUGCUACCAUCAAAUGGGGACAAUUGCACUGACGGAACUGUAAUAUGCUCUGUAGAAGAACUGUCUUUAGCACAUUACCACCUGCAAGGCUUUGACCAAGGAAUCCACGGAGAGGGCUCAACAUUUUCAACGCUCUUUGCUCUUCUGUUGUGGGACAUCAUUUUUAUGGACGGCAUACCGGACGUUUUCCGAAAUGUGUACCAGGCAUGCCCACUAGACUUCUACACUGACAGCUUUUACAAGAACCGAAAAGAGGCAAUUGAUAACCGUGUACAGCUAAUUAAUGACGCUUCGGUAGAUAUUUUGCAUGCUAUGUUGGAGGAUGUCUGGACUGCCCAGGAGGGUAAAGUGUGUUCAUGCGCCAACUGGGAGCGUUUCUCCUCAGUCAGUCAAGCCCAGUCUCUUGUGUCUUGCAUGGGUGGAGCCUUCUUAGCGGGAGUCAUAGCACGGAUGGCGAAAGACUUCCGGCACUGUCGUGGAGGUUUGCCUGACCUCGUUGUGUGGAACACAUCCAGUAAUACUUACAAGCUGGUGGAGGUGAAGGGGCCUAAUGACCGUCUGUCUCAGAAGCAACAGAUCUGGCUGGAUGAACUGCAAAAACUUGGGGCUGAUGUGGAGGUGUGUCAUGUGGUGGCAACUGGAGCCAAAGGCUCUCGAGUGGAAUAAAAGAACAGAAAACGGGAGAAUGAAAUGAGAAAGAAAAGUCUAAAACUGAAAUAAAAUACUUCAAUGCCUAUUAUUUUCUAUUAACCUAGACUGCUUAUCUCAGCUGCAGGGAAUGGAUUGUAGAGUGGAAAUGGAGUAUAGUGUGUUACGCACAUUGUGCCUUUUUUUUUUUUUUUUUUUUUUAAUCUAAGAAACUGCUGCUACAAAAGGGAACAUCAUCACUCAGUACAGCCAGGAUCACAAAAAAAGCUUUCAGCUCAAGAUUAUCAGAGCUCAUACAAAGCUGGUGGUGGUUUUCUAUUCUCUGACAUUGUGGCCCAGAUAUUUCAUCUCGAAACAAAUAUCAACACAGAUGAGAAAGAAUCGCUGACACGAAUAUCAUCAUUUUAGAAUAUGUCACUCCGUAUUAUGCUACAACUUGUGUCAGAGACAUUCCGGGAUGAAAGAUGAAUUUAAAAAUCUAAGAUUUAAGAUCUAGAAGAAGAUAUGUUUUGAGUUAUGAGAAUGGUCAAGGAAUUAUUUCAGUUCGUAUGUCAAGAAACCACUGUACUUUGAGACAAAAGUUUCAACCCCCCAGUACUACCAGUAAUUUGUCAUUCUUUGCAGAAGAUAAAGAAUAUAUGACGGAUUCACAUUUUUGCAAUACACGCAUUAAAAGUAAGAUAGAAUACUCAAGGAUAAGCAAUUUGGUUUACAAAUGUAAUUUUACUUUAGUUUGACAAUAAAUAUCCACUGUGAAUGUCCACAGCAACUUAUACCUUCUUUCAUGAAUAACAUUGAACUCUUACAAGUACAUGUUGUGAAGUGAGUUGAGUCACUGCACCAUAUGUUAAAAAAACUGAGUGACUGCUCGUAUCGGGAGAAAAAAAUAACACAAGUUGCCUAUCUUGACCUUUUUUUUAAUUUUUAUUUAUUUUUAUUUUUUUAUUACCAACCCUUUAUAGGUCAGUCAUUUAAAUGCUUUGAAAUCCAGCUCUUACGGGAGGAUCUCAAGGUGUUCCCAGGCCAAUUGGGAGACAUGGUGACCCCGGUGUGUCAUCAGUCAGCCCUGCGGCCUCCUCCCAGUAGGUUGUGCUCUUAACACCUCACAGGGGAGGCGUCCAGGAGACUUCAGAUGCCCGAGCCACCUCAUGUGGCUCCUCUAGAUGCGGAGGAGCAGCACCAGCUCUACUCCGAGCCCUUCCCGGAUGACCGAGCUUCUAACAGAUUUGUUUUAAAUGCCCAAAAAUUGUAAUCUACCCUAUAAAAUAGGGGUGUGAUGAAAUAUCGAAAUGGUGAUAUAUGGUGAUAAUACAAAAUUGCCCUAUUGAAACAAGGAAGAAAGCUGAAAGGAACGGAUGUCUUCGUCAAUGAGCACCUAACCAAACAUAACUCUGAUAUAGCCUGGAAAGCGCGACAACUUAAAAAACAGAGAAAAAUACAAAACACGUGGACUUCAAGUUGCAAAGUAUUCAUAAAAUUGAACGGGAUGCCCGAGGAAGCAAGAGUAAUCUGCAUACGAAAUAUCACUGAAUUGGAGAAAUAUUAGUAUACGUCAACGGAUUGCUGUGUCAACAUAGGAUGGAGCGGAUCAAGACUGGACUGGAUACGGAGGUGGCAAACAUACAGUAACAGCUAUGGUUUCACGGCUAGAACUUACUACUCAUCUAGGGAUACAGUAGGAACCAGUUUACACAGAUAAUCCGCGACAGCGGGAAACGUAAACUGAAAAGUUUUGAGUACAUCGAUCACCACAAUUUGGAUUUAGAACAAGAUGAAGAAUCCGGACAGUAUUUUUUUUUUCUUCCAUUGACAAAAGCUGCUGCUAUUACACAGAUGAACAAUAUAAUAAGGUCAUUAAACAUAUGGGGAAGUUGUAAAUUAUUCAUUUUAACAGUAGAAGCUUGUAUGCAAAUUUCAAGAAAAUUAAAGACUAUUUGAAUACUUUUAGAGAACAUUUUGAUAUUAUUGCAAUUUCAGAAACAUGGAUAAAUAUUGAAAAAGGAGCAGACUUUGGAAUGGAGGGAUACGAAUUCAUACACUCCCUGACAAAAGUCUUGUCGCUUAUCCAUUUUGUAGAAACAAUUGCUAAUAACCUGACUUUUAAUUAUUCAAUUGGUUUCAGAAAUGGCUCAUAUGAAAGCUAAGACCCUCCCAAAUGAUGUUGAAUGUACAAAACUACAUUUGUUUCACUGAAAAAAGAUUUAUCAUUUAAUGAAGACAUAAUGGUCAAAUUUUGGCAAGACAAAAGUUUUGUCGCCUACAGAAAGUAGUGUGACAAAUGAACAUAAAAUGUACUUCAAAUACAAAAAUGUUACAUUACAAGCGAAUUAAGCAGUGGCGCUGCGAGAUAAAUAUUUAAUAUUUUGUAUGACUUCCAUGGGAUUGAAGGACUGCAUCCAUGCUGUUCGGCAAGGAUUCAUACAAUUUAUUGAUGAAGUCAUCAGGACAUCAAAGAAAGCAGUAUUGCAUACCUCCCAGAGUUCAUCAACAUUCUUGAGUUUCGUCUUCCAUCCUUCCUCUUUCAUCCUACCCCAGACAUGCUCAAUGAUGUUCAUGUCUGGUGACUGGGCUGGCCAGUCCUGGAGGAUCUUGGUUGAAGUAUGCGAUGGAGCACCAUCCUGCUCCAUAAUUUGUCCCUUUUUAUGGUUAGGAAUGUAAGAGGCAGCUAAGAUUUGUUGAUAUUUCAGACUAUUUAUGUUGCCUUCCAACUUGCAGAUCUCUCGCACACCCCCAUACUGGAUGCAACCCCUGACCAUGAUUUUGUCACCACCAAACUUUACUGUUUUGUGGCAAAAGGUGGAUUUUGAGAUUAAUCUUCCAUUGAAUUACACCACUGUUGCCGCAAAUAUUGCAGGAGACCUACUGGAGCCCGCAUGGAUCUGAGAUUCACUCAGAAAACACUUAAAAACUUUAACAUAUGGAAUAUUUCAAAUCUAU